GCGCGGGGCCCCCCCCGGUGCCUCCCCCGAGGGGCUCGGCGGCUCCCCGGGAGCGGCACCCGCGUGUGGGCAGGGCGGGGAGCGCCCCCGGGCCGGCCUCUGCUGCGGGUAGUGGGGAGCUGGAGUAAGCGCCUACGCAGCCGAACGCAACCUUCUGUUGAACAUUUUGCAGGUUUACCAGGAAAACGUCAAGAUUUUGUGGAAGACAUUUGGAAUCAGCCGCUGCCGGCUGCGUUUCGAACCACAUACAUAUGGCUCUUUUCUUUCUACUGCAGGAGCAGCCUACUAAAGCAGAUAGACUGGUUCGACUGUCAAGGUGUGAAUCAUGGGAGAACAACUAUUAAACAACAGCAUCCUUGAUCAAUUUAUUAAUAGCCAUGAGCAGUCAUAUGAAGAGUUUCUAAAUACAUUCACUUAUCUUUUGAAAGAGGAAGCGGGGAAGACAAUUCCAGGUAGUAAAGUGGACUCCUUAAGAAAAACGUAUUCUACUUCUGAAUUACCAAACAGAAAUAAACAAGAUGUCUCACCUGGAAGAAGCAAAGAAAUCUGGGUGUCUCAUCCACCACAGAUGCCAAAUGAAAAUGAGACAGGGGCGAAUGGGAGCUGGAAGGCUGGUCACUCUGAUGGAAAUGAUGUCAGUCUGUCUGAAAGAGUGAAGCAGGUGGACAAGUACUUAGAUUUGGAAGAUACAGACACAGAUGAAGAGACAUGCAGUGCAGGGUCAUUAGUUCUCCCAGGAGAGGUGGAACAGCCAGUGACUUAUUGUAUACCCAGUUUUGACAAGCCUACUCAACUGAAGUUCAGACCCUUGUCAGUUCCACAGCCAUCGGAUAGCAAAGCCCAAGAGGUCGGCAUCUGGGAUGAUUUGUAUGCUUCAGCAUCUGUUGAAGCCAAUCUACUAGGGGAUGACGUUCAUCCAUUCUCGCUUGAUGAAGAAUUUGAUUAUGACAAUGUGGCACUGACCCCUAAGUUCUCUGAAGCUGAGCUGAAGGCCAUUGUAGAAUUGUCUGAAGAGAAGAAAACCGGGACAGAUGUCAAGUCAGCACAAGCUGAAGAUUGAGUCAAAGUCAUUCUGUGCAGUGCUCCUGAAAUAACCAUUUUUAGGGGGUAAAGCUUCACUGUACCCUUAUUUAGAGUUUUUAUCUGUAUGGCCAGUACAUGACAUUCUUGAGAUUUUUUUGUUUGUUCUACCAAGAUGCCUUGGAGCCUGAGGUUGCCUUUUCCUGUACCUUCUCCUAGUCCUCCUGAAAACACAGAAUAGGAAGAUAGUGCUUGUCCAGAGUUGCUUGUAUAGGAGCCCUUUAGCCAUAGAGGAAGUAUUUCCAUCCUUUUUAUAUGUCUGUACACCGGUUUGCUUAGGCAUUCAGGCUGAUUGAGGAGGUCUGUAUUUGUCCCUAAACCCAAUGGUAUUUUUGUAUAGAUCAGUGACCUUUAAUAUUUUUAGGCCCCAGCCAUCGGGUACUUUGUUGUUUUCCAGGUGGUACAAGGGAGCUGGAAGCAUGUCAUAAAUUCCCUUUUGUAGAAAAAUUCUGGAGCAGAGUAAAUCCUGUAUUGGCUCAGGCUAGGUGUGCUGGAGUAAUUACUUCCUAGGACCAAAACAUGCUGGUGGAAUUCAGAAUGGCAUUAUGACUACUCUUGCUAAUAGUUGGUAUUGACUCAGUUUCUGACUAGUGCAAAGCUAGUCCUAAGCUGCCUUUUACCUGAUUCUUUCAGUAAUGCAAAUAAGAGCUUUUUACAGCUGACAAAUGAGUCUAUAAACUCUUUCCCUAUAUUUACAAGACUUAAAUAUGCAGAGUUAUAUGAGUGAAUAAAUCUGAGAAUAUUGUGGUUUUUUUCUGUCUCUUGAAUUACUUUAGUUCUGCAGAGAAGUAAAUAUUCCUGUUUCCAGUAAACUUUUUGAGUUGAUCAAAUUUGACGUGGUGCAACUCCUAACAAUUAAAACAUGAACUGCUGCAAUAAGUCUUCCACACAGAGGAAAAAUUAGUGAUCUCAUCCAUUAAAGGAAUUGGCAUUGAAAGGCUGUCAGAUAUUACAUUUUAUUACGGGAGAUGAUUCCAAAUACCAGCUUAUGGCUUGCAUUCAGCAUCACUGAAAUACGGCAAACUCUGGAGUUGAGUAAAGUCACGUAGUAUGGGUUAGGGGAGAAGCAUGUGCAUCUCUGACACAAGGUAGUAUGUACUCUUGCUAGGAGGUGUUUAGAACUCAUUUUUGUCAGCUUCCUGUAGCAGCUUUGCUCUUGAGGCUUGGUUUAACAUCACAACACUGAAUCGUAUUAUUGGUCAUUUUCUGGUAUAACUGCAUUAGCUAAAGUUUAUUGACCAACAUUUUGUCCUUGGCCUAUCUCCAUUAUUUCUGAAGUGGGUGAUUAACAUGAUGAAUAUGGGAAGAGUGCCUGAGCAGACAGACUAGAGACCAAACCACAAGUUGUUUAAAGGCUCUGGAUGAAUUCCCUGUGGCUGGUUGGCAGCUCUGUUGUCAGAAAUUUAUAAAAGCAAAGAAAGGUGCUUUGAUGCUCCAAAAGACAUUUUUCUGGAUCAGUAAUUUCAUAGACCAUAAUCACACAUCACUGAAAUCUGAAUAACAUUUGUUUUUAGGAAUGGUAUUUACCUCAAUUAGGGGGAUAUAAUUUGACAGUGAGAUUAACAAAAAACAGAGAAGAAAAUGGUCUCAGACAAGAUGCUUAAGGAGAAUGAUAUCAAACUACAAGUGUGUUGUAUAGAAAAACUGGUCUGUAUAGGACCUUGCUGGUAGAAUGUAGUGAGAAAUUUAUUUUUAAUGUGUAUGCUCAAAAGGAUGCCCGUGCUGUAGUUAAACCAGGUUUUCAUGCAAUUGGUUGUACAGCAGGUUCUGCUGUUUGGAAAACUUUUUUAUUUUUUUUAAAAUGUGAAUUCAUUUGAAUUCAAUGGAGUGUUUUGUUGAACCCAAGAUAUUUUGAAUUAAUUGCUUCAGAUCCAACUGGAAUUUUCUAGUGAAACAUUCAGCUAAAAAUUCCUGAACAAAUUUAAUUAUUAAUUCAUCUUCUGGAAGACACAGAUAAUGUCUGUAAAUGGGAGGGGUAAGAAGUAUGUUCUGGAAGAGCUCCAUGAGCAAAUCUGGGAGGAAGAAAUUGAGAACUGCUGUACAAAGAUAGCAAGGUCAGCCUUUGAAAGCCUCAACAGAAGAAUAAGGGAGGCAACUUCAUUAACAUAUGUAUGUAUAGCAAAGAUAAAGUAAGGAACCUUCAGUCUAAGAGACCUCUGUGUACAGAGUUUGCUAUUUUGCAGACAAAGAAUCAGCCUUAAAUAAAGGUGAACUUUCUGUGGGUUUGUGGGAUGAUGAAUUCAGCACUUCUUUUGGGGUAUUUUUUUUAGAAAGGCAUGAGACACACAAACUGUAGAUCAGUCCUGCCAGAAUCUUAUUGCCAGUAGAGUGAAUGAGAAAACUUGUCCAGGGGUUCAUAAUGAUCUUCAGGCCAAAUCAGCUCUGGAAUCUCUAAGUGCAUUUUCUAUUCAUUUCAUUAUCAAUUUUCCCCUGUCCAUUAGGGAUACAUCCAGCCAUUCAGUUCCUUCUCUCAUAAGCAGAUGAUUCUCUUACCAAAUGUUCAGAGUAUCUAUUAUGCUCCAUAAGUGUCAUUCAGUAUAGUCAUUAUAUGGUUUGGUUUGAUAUAAAGAAACGCUUUGCUGCAGAAUAUUCAACAAAAUUGGAACUCUUUAGUGACAUCCAUCUUAUGCAGAGAAAUGGGGAUAAUUCACUUACAUUUACACCACUCAUGAGUUAGGUGUUUGCUCUUUGUUAACAGAGAUGAAUAUCUCAGUGGAGAUUAGGCAACCUAGGCUACAUUUUCUGAACAUGACAUUUUAUGGGCCUGCCCUGCAGUUGUUUUUGGCUUGUACCUUUCAUUUGAUUAUCCUUCACAGAGGAAGCAUAUUUUCCUCUUCUCCAUUACCAGGUUGUCAUUUUUAAGGAUAUACUUUAUGUGCAUGUUAAAUUUUAUACAUGUGCAUGGAGUUAGUUACCUGGAAUUGUUUCAGUGUUUGCGAGGUGAUCUGGAGUCUGAAUAAUGUAUACCUUGUCCUCUUGUAGCUUGUAUUUUCUUUAAUAUUUAAUACUUUUAGCAGGGGUUGGUGAGGGACAUUCACUUUUUCUAUUUAUGGUCUUUUCUAAACAUUUUUCCUGUUUUCCAAAAGAAUUAAAGGCAGAACUCAUGCAUGGAACAGGAGGUUUCAAGUGCUACCUGGAGUUGACGUAGGGGCUGCUGCAGUAAGGAAUACAAUUUUCUCACUACCACACUGACAAAGAUUUUGAACUGCAAGAUUGCUGAUUUUGCGUGAACCCGCUGGAAGGGAAGGCUGUGAGAUGCGUCUCUAUAAUCCCUCUGUAUUUGUGGCUACCUUGAUGGCUAAAGUGUAAUAGAGAUACACAUCCAUAUCAGUCAGUAGCUCAUCUGUAUGAAACUUGUUGCUUACUUGAGUGUUACCAGAAGGACACUGACUGUUUCUUUCCACAGUCUUAACAGAUCCUGAGUUACGGGGAGGAAGGACAUGAGUUUUACGGGAAGUGUAGUAGCCCUUCCACUGGGGCAGGCAUCUGAAGGGUUUUUUCCUUGGCUGACAGGCUUUGAUAUUAUUAAUACUCAGAGUUACUCUUUGUGGGUGUAAAAGGAAGAGUAAUUAUUUUCUGAGAUAAUAAUAGUUGUGAAAGAAUAAGACAAAAAUUGAAGAAAUGAAAAGAGAUGCAGACAAAUCUGACUCAGACAUUGUUAUGGCUCUAAAUAUAUUUCUAUUAAUGCACAAAGGUAUCCUUAUAUACACUUGUGUACACACAGUGCCACUGAAAGAAAAUAAUUUUAGUAUGGAGAGUACUCACCAGUUAAUUCAGAACCUUUUGAAGAAGAUGGCAUGGAAACAAAUCCCCGCUCUUCCGGAAAAGACCCUUUGAUCCUCUGGCCUUGAUUUUCUGCUGCUAUAAACUGGCAGAACUCCACUGAGGCCAUUUGUAUUCAUUCAGAGCAGACAGGACCCUGGUAUUUACAGUCUUAGCUGAAAGAAUACGGAGCCAAAUCAAUUCCUCAUUUAACUUUACUGAAUAGAUAGCUAUGUAUGUGACCCAUUAUCAUUAUGGGAAAAUAUUUAAAUGCAGAGCCAAUGCAAAUGAAAUGUGAAAAACAUAUCUUUAACUGUUCAGUUACUGAUUUUACAUGGGUCAUUUUGGAACUUCUGUAGUGUUGUAUGCUCAGAGUAUUGCUUUUUGCUUUAUCAAAAAUAUCGCAUACAUUUUCAAGCCAUGAAACUUGAUUGCAUACAUAACUAGUAAAGAUUCCCACCUCCUUUAAAGUGUUUUUUCCCUCUGUGUCUUGGGCAAGGAUUGGAAGUGGACUUUGCUUUAUCUUGGAAUUGUUUUGAAAAGAUCUGACAUUCCUUGUAAAAAACUUUCUUGUAAAGACGGACUCUCUCAGUGAUGCAACACUAAAUGCAGAAAUAAAAAUAGGACCAAAUUCCGAGUUAUUCAGCAACUUCAUGUAUGUCAUGGUGUGGCUAAAGAGCCACUUGGUGUCAAAGUGUCUGCAGGCUGAUUUGUAUCCUGAUGUCUUCUACCUUCAGUUUUACUGGGGAGUCUAAGCAGUGGCUUGGUCCUGCCUGGGUAUGAAUUCUUACAGUCCUGCAAGAUAAUUCAGUUACGCUGACCAAAGAAGCUGAACCAGCAAGCUUGUACCAGGGCUCCACGCACACUCCAACCUGCUGAAUAAUUUAGCUGAGUGUGGCUGUCCCCAUUCAGUGGGGAUUUGCGUGACAACCCUCGUGACUGUGAUACUCCUGAAGACAUGCAAUGGAGAAGUGAUGACGGACAAGGGUUGGGGCAGACAUUCAUUAGACCCUGUGUCCUUUCUGGGGCUGUGGCCUCGUCAUGUUCAAGCCACCCAGCAAAGCGAGGAAGCCAGUGCUCAGGGUCCUCGCUGGGCUCAGGAGCAAGCUCCCGCACCGCAGAGCUGGGCGCUGCCGCAGCCAAGGGCAUUCCCACUGCCGCCUGCUUUCUUGUGGUGAGGUGGCAGUUAGCACAGGUGGGUGCGAGGUGACACACGUGUCCCAGGCUCUUCAGACGGAUGUGCCUCUCACUGGCUGCCUGUGGCACCUUGGCCUUGGGCACCUGCAGUUCUCCCAGCUGCUAAAUGUCUGCCCAUCCCUUGGGAAAAUAAGACAGAGAGUUUUCUCUGAAAUGGUGUUAAGUUGUAGAACAUCUCAAAAGAUGGUGAGUUUUGUAAAUUGGCGAUUGCUGGCUGUUGAAGGUGUCACCUUAUGUUUUGCUGUCAAGGUACCGUAAGCCACCGUUGCAGGUGUAUGAGCAGUGAAAUGCCAUAGAGUGGGACUGGAGAUCGUUUUAGUGCUUGUUUAUGACGUUUGCCAGAAGAAAAGCAAGUGUUAAAAGGUACUGUCAUUUUUAUAGACAGGCUACUUUAUUUGCAAUUUCAGUGCCCCACAGUUAAAAUGGAAAUCAAUUUUAAUGCCUUAGGAAAAUGCAGAAAUAUUUCUCUCAUUUACAGCACUUCCAAAAAGGACAGAUAGUAAAAUUCCUCUGAUUAACAAUCUAUAAUUUUAUGUGCUCUGUGGUCUCUUGUUCAGUACAUUUAUCUGCAUAAACGUUUCAAAAUAAUAAGCAAAGAUAGAUCUGAACAAAAUCCCUAAAUCUAACUUCACACUGAAUGUCAGGUUGUAGAAAUUCUCUCUAUAUAUUCCAAGCCCUCUUUGAUCUGAAUAUUCCCAUAGAUAUGGGGAAGUAGGUACUCUGCUCUUAAAAUCUUUAUCCAAACAUUUCUCAAGCAACCACUUAGUACCCAUCUGGACUAAAAAAACAGUCAAGCAGUGAAGGACCUGGCCCAUAUAAAAAGAACUUAUGGAAUAUGAAGACUGGAAUAACUGCACUCUGUAGGAGGAUAAUGGAUAAAAGGACUCUAAAGACAGUAGAAUUAAAUGGCAAAUGAUAUUUUGCUAGAGAGUGAACCAUAUUAAAAUAUUCUGUUGACUUCAUACAAUUCUUGAGAACCUUUGAAUGCCCAACUCAAAGAUUAGUGUAAUCAUUUUGUGAUUCAUGUGGAUUUACAAGAGAGUUAUCUCUUGAGCCAUUAAAAUGAGAUUAAGAAUUGUGUCACAUUCUUCAGUGUGUUUUGUGGCAGUGCUAACACCAUAAAUUAAGGCUUUAGCCUCAUUCUAUCAUAUGUUACAACAGAGUUUGUUCUUUUGUGGCUCUUGUGGUUGAGGAGUCUGGUGGCACAGUUUCUGGAGCACAGGUGUGUACUUGUAGCAAGUAAGCCUUAAGUUUAAUAAGUUUGCUUAAAUCCAUCUGUUUUUCUGUCCCUAUGUAUAAAACUUUGUAAUAUGCAAUAUGAUAUGCAUAAUUCUUAGAAAGCAGGAAGUGUCAUUUAUUGUGUUGCUUAUGCUCCUCGCAGUAAUUUAGCUGGAGGACAGAUUCUACCGACUACUUGGAAGCAUUGAUUCUGCCAUUUAGAUUUGCUGCAGAUUGCACAUUUGUUCUUUGAGAGAGAUAUGUUGAAAUGCAUUUUUUUUCAUCCUCUUUUCCUUAUUUUUGUUUUUGUCAGAUUUGCAACUAGCUUUCCUAAACUUGACAAGACGCUACAUUAAUUCGAUGAGCUACUUUCCUGCUGGAUAAAAUUUUAAAGUAAAAAAGAUGGAAGGCUGGAGUCUGGGCCAGGAAACAUCAAAGCACCAUUAGAAUUUCAUGCACAAGCUUAGCAUUUGCAAAACUUUCAAAAACAAACAAUCAGGAAAACACAAAUAAUGGUCAGCCUGCUUACUGAGUGAAAAUUUAAUUCCAAAUUGCCUUUGUUUAAGUCAGUUGCUUACACUUCAGCUCCUCUGCCCACCAAGGAUUCUGUUAGCUAACAUAUUUCAAAAUUCAGACUGUCAAAAAUACUGACAGCUCGUACUAGCAGAAUAGCAUUUCCCGGAACAAAAUUGUGAUCCAUUUAAGGCUCUUUGUUUGGGGUUUUGAAAUACUUCCUGAAUUCCACAGAUUUAUUUGCUAUUCAUGAACAUUAAUAAAGUAUACUACACAAAAAAUAAUGGCCCAGAGGAUAUCUUUCUGCUGAGAGCAGGAAGAAUCAAGCUAGUGGGAAGAGAGGUUGGCUGAGCAGACAAAUAUUGCCUGUGCACUGAAUGUGAUGAUUGAUGUCUUGCUUUUGAUUCUUUUGCAAUAUUUGUACGAGAAUUUUGGUUGCCAAAAGAGCUGGUUGAAUAACACUCCUCCCCACCCCCAACCUAUGGAUAUGAAUGUGCUGGUAAACAAGCUAUCCAAAUUCAGUUGGCUAUUAUUCCAAAGGUAGUAUUAUUCAUUAUGGGGUGUUUUUUACAAGGUUCUUGCAACUGAAAGU